GUUCCUUUAGCGCGCCGGCGCUUGGGCCUCAAGUUGAAGUGGGUGCAAGUGGAAUCGAUGAGCUGUUUCUCUUAAUCCCAACUUCCGAAUCUCGGAGGCACGUCGGGCCGGGGUGCUUGUGGUGCGACUGUACGUAACCUGGCCGUGUCAUCCGUUCUUGUCGCUUGUGGCGGCCAGUGAUUUGCGAGUGCAUCGGACGCCCAGUCGACUGCUCGCCGGACUCGGUCACCAAGUGUCCCGAAGUUCGCUCUGCGUCGACGCUUUAGGAAUUCGCUGGCGCGACAAAUGCUGCGACCUUGUUCGACGCUUCUUGCCUGGCAAUCCGUUUUCCGGUGGGAUCCGUACAGCCGCUCGUCAACGAGCUCGCGGAAGGAAUCGUCGGUGGACAUUUGACAGUUCGACAUCUUUAGACCACAGCUAGUCCAGUAUUAUUUUUGGCUUCAGAUAUUCCAAGUACUGACAAGUCUGAAGCUUCGCGCGGUAGGAUAUCCCGUGUUCUUCAAGAAGUAACCCGCAUACGGCUAGCAGCUGCCUUUCCACGAUACUUGAGGACACGCCUAUAAGUCUGAGUGACUUAUCGUUGCAGAAUCAGCGGAUGGUGGGACUGCCGGUUCCUUCUCAGCUAUGAACGUCAAUGUGUCUUUGGGCUGAACGGGUGCGUGCGUAUGUGUGGGACCGAAUAUAGCGGUCAGUGACCUCAGCGGUGUGCCACUGUACGCGCUUCGAGUGAAACCUCUGCCCGAAGGCGUCAGCACCAGGACGUGAUGUUUGCCGUGAACAGCUAUAGCUUGUGCUUCGCCAGUUACAACCCUCGAGGGCACCAUUAAAGAACGGUGUUGUGAAGGACACCUUCGCGGCUAUCCGGGCGGCUGUCGUCAACGCGUCUCUCUGGUGAACGCGAAGGAGUGGAGAGCUGCGCUCAGCGAUCUCGGCCCCCGGAGUUCCGCCAGCGCAUCCCGGCCGGAGUAUACUGCGUCAUGCCGAUGCUGCAGGUUAAACGCGUGCUGGCGGACAUGCCGUACAGCCAGGUGUCGUGCGUGAACUGGAAGCGCAGCUGGCAGGUGACGGUGGCGCCGGACGUGAUACUGAAGGCGCCCGGCGCCCCCGACGUGGUUCCCAAGGCUCCGGUCAGCAUCCUGGUCAAGCGGGACAACAAGCCCCGCAAGAGCGGCCUUUGCGAGCAGUGCCUCAGCGAGUCCAAGCUCGUGGGAGGGAUCAAGCCUCGCACUCGCUACCGGAGCCGCUCCCUCUCGGCGUCGUCCACCGACAGCUACAGCUCGGCUUCUUACACAGACACGAGCUCCGAUGAUGAAGGCGUGUCACCUCGCGAGAAAGUCCAGAAGAAUUCCAAGGGCUUCAGCGACUUCUGCGUCAAGAACAUCUCUCAGGCGGCAUUUGGACGGCGCGAGAUCGAGAUUGCCGAGCAGGAGAUGCCUGGGAUCAUGGCUCUACGCAAACGAGCCGAGCAAGACAAGCCGCUCCAGGGUGCCAAGAUCGUCGGCUGCACACACAUCAAUGCUCAGACAGCCGUGCUGAUCGAGACACUGGUUGCACUCGGGGCGAGCGUGAGGUGGGCUCCAUGCAACAUCUACUCAACCCAGAAUGAAGUUGCAGCUGCUCUUGCUGAAGCAGACAUAUCUGUUUUUGCCUGGAAGGGCGAAUCGGAAGACGACUUCUGGUGGUGCAUAGACAGAUGUGUUCAUUCAGAAAACUGGCAGCCAAACAUGAUCCUGGAUGAUGGUGGUGAUGCGACACACCUUAUGCUCAAGAAAUAUCCGGCCAUGUUCAAGAUGAUCAAGGGCAUUGUUGAGGAGAGUGUGACAGGCGUGCACCGUCUGUACCAGCUCUCAAAGUCCGGCAGGCUCACUGUACCAGCCAUGAACGUCAACGACUCUGUCACUAAGACGAAGUUUGACAACCUCUACAGCUGCAGAGAAUCCAUCCUUGAUGCGCUCAAGCGGUCGACCGAUGUCAUGUUUGGCGGCAAGCAGGUCCUGGUGUGUGGUUACGGCGAAGUUGGGAAAGGCUGCUGCUCUGCCCUCAAGGGCAUGGGGGCCAUUGUGUAUGUCACCGAGAUCGACCCCAUCUGUGCCUUGCAAGCCUGCAUGGACGGCUUCCGUGUGGUAAAGAUUAACGAAGUGGUUCGCAAUCUUGACAUCCUCAUCACUGCCACUGGUAACAAGAAUGUGGUCCAGAGGGAGCACAUGGACAAGAUGAAGAACAGCUGCAUUGUCUGCAACAUGGGACACUCCAACACUGAGAUUGAUGUGCAAAGCCUGAGGACUCCUGAGCUGACCUGGGAGAAAGUUCGCUCCCAGGUAGACCACAUCAUCUGGCCAGAUGGAAAGCGCAUUGUGCUACUCGCUGAGGGACGUUUGGUGAACUUGAGCUGCUCCAGUAUCCCCUCCUUUGUGGUGUCCAUUACUGCGGCAACUCAAGCUUUGGCUCUAAUCGAGCUCUACAACGCCCCUCAUGGGCGCUACAAGAGCGACGUCUACCUGCUGCCCAAGAAGAUGGACGAGUACGUUGCCAGCCUCCACCUCCCGACAUUUGACGCCCAUCUGACUGAGCUGACGGAUGACCAGGCCAAAUACAUGGGCCUCAACAAGGCUGGGCCUUUCAAGCCCAACUAUUACAGGUAUUAACUGCUGUGUCGUCGCAUAGUAGAGCAAGGGAACAGCCGAGCAUUCCAGUGGGCACAGCCGGAACAAGGAAGGGAGGAAAGAAGCCUUGGAACGCACCUGACCGCAGAACAGAAAGGGAAACCCGCAUGUGUUGAAAAAGCAAAUGCGAAAGGAGCUACAACCAUAAGGGGUAGGGGGAGGUAAUAUCGGAACGGCUCAGCGAAAAGAGAGGGAGGAAGUGUAAAUCAAUACGUUCAUUUCCCUCUUGUACAUAGGCUAGACUCUCUCUCUUUUAGUGCCUGUUACGAGACAGUGAGAUACGUGAAUCGAUGACACUUCUCCCUCUUGUACAUAAACGCUUAUAGACUCUUAGUGCCUGUUCAAGAUGGCGAGAUAACCUUGCAGCUGAUAAUCCUAGUGGUUAUAUACAUACAGUGUUCUAGAAUGAGCACCGCACCAGCUUGGGAUGCAGCCCAACUGGUGUGCGGGCAUACAUUCUCACAUUGGCAUCCACUAACCGAAACAAGGCUGGGCCCCUCCUGCUUUUAAUUUUUGCUCCGGAUUUUUUACGCAGGAAGUGCAGCACCUUUGUUUUUCACACUUUGUGCAAGUUUUGUUGCAGCGGCUGCGCUUAACGCGAGGAUGUGACCACAAAGAAAGAAACUGGUGUGGUUGAUUGUGGCAGUCAGUCUUGGCCUUUCGUGAAGUGGUUUCAGCACCUUGUUUUCUAAACACCACGGUUCAUUACUGGCAGCAGUGAAUGGAUCUUUCUUCAUUAAAUGGUAAUCUUUGGAAGACAGAGUUAUACCUCACAUAAGUAUUCCAGUUACACAAGUAUGUACCAAGAGUACCUUUCUUUGUUCACUUAUCGUUUACUGCAUAGUACAUCCUUGUGUGUACAAUCUUUGUCAUUUAGCGUUAAUUUUUGCUUUAGCAACAAGCAAGUCUGUUACUUAGUGACUUAUCUAAAUGAUUGAAAGCAGCAGCUCUACUGCCUUUUGAGAGUUGCUACUACAGUAAAAGUGUGCUGCGAAGUCUUAACUCUACUGCCAGCGUAGUGUCAUUGCGAUUUCCUUAAACUUUCAUUCGUUCACUAGCUGGCUGUUGAAGAAUCGCUUUCAUUGGACCUGAGCCUAAGAAUUGGUAUUGAUCUGUUAGGAAAAAUAGUUAUGAUUUGUACGGUGCUAGUGCUUAACCAUUUCUGAGCUGCUUGGACAAAACUUAAAAGAACAUCACACAUUUAUUGUGCAACACUUGCCAGAAGUAUUAUUUACCUUGGCAGGCAAACGGUGUUGAAUUUGCAGCAUGCAUUAUCCAGUUGAGCAGCUCUAUCAGCGAGUUUUGUCCCAAGUGGAUGAUUAGUGGAUAAGGAGGAUAUGAGUGGAUGAUGAGCAUUGGCUUUUGUGCAGCAGGUUCCGUGCCCCAGUGCAUGUCCUUUCCCAAGUAGUCAUGGAGAGGCCUCAGUUAUGAAUAUUAGCAUGACUCAAAUAAUUUGUGGAACGAUAAAGCACACAUCAAUAGAUGCAAUUUGCAUGGAUGGGGGAGCCAUAUAUGGCAGCUGUCAAGCUAUAGCUGAAGUUUGCGAAAUGUCUGCAGCUGCCAGAUACAGACGUCAGUGGACAUGUACCAAAGAGGCCCAAAAAAAGAACACAAUGUCGUAGCUUACCAGCAACUUUCGGGGCCGGCCCUUGAAAUGCAUCGGUUUGGAAAGAAGAAAGGCAGGCAUGAAGUGUAAUAAGAGUUGCACAUCUUUUGCAAUCAUCUUAAUGUUGAGCAUGAUAAUUGGUUAUUUGGCUCUUUUUGGAGCAGGCACUUAUGUACGUCCAGUUCUGACAUCCUGAUAAACUUGCCUGUCAUUGAGAACUUCUUUUGCUAAGGUUUCUAUUAUCUCUUUAGUUUUGCUGGAUGCACAGAAUGCAGUGGAAAUGCAUCCUUUCAAUCCACACUCUAACCAAUUUGGAGAGAGACCAGGCAAUAGCAUUGUGCCCAUUAUCAAGAAUGUCAUAUAUCAUAGAAACAAAACGUGCAUUUCACAAACAGUCUAACAUAAUGGCCUGCCUGUAGUUCGCUAGUGCCUUGGUAUGCAAUUUUAACCUUUGCGAAUGUAGUGCCCUGUUAUUAAUGGCUGUUCCCACCGCUGCUCACUGCUCGAAACUGUGCUAGAGAUUCUGGGUGUUCCCCCACCCCCUGAUUCUCAGAAAAUGAAAUUUUGAUGUGGCAGGCCUGCUGGUAGUCUGGCCCUUACGUUCUGAGCCUUUAGUUUUAUUUGCCAAGCUUAUGCUCUGCCCCCGAGAUGUUUCCGUUUUCAAAGCCAUUCGCUACGGAUUGAACUGUUGCGAGAACGUGGCAUAGGGCAUCCAUAAAAACGAGACUUGUGAAGGGGUGCUUGCUGCUUUCGGGGUGGGUCAUUAGUCGCUAAACAUGCAUUUAGCUCUUCUGAACAUGAUGCCAGCAGUGCAUAGGGUCCUCAAGCGAUCGAUAGAACUUAGCUGCCCGUUGCACAUCCAAGCAUGUUUUGUUCUUGCUGGUUCGAAGAGCUGAACUUGGGAGGGGGGUUUUCUGAGCUUUUGCUUCUUCUUCACCACUGCAUUUUUUUUUAUUUUUUGACAGUCCGUGCCAUUUUGUCGCGAGUGUGUGAGACUCCUCAUUCUGUCAAAUCUUCUUCAGUGUAGAAACCAACAUCUGGCCCCACAUCUGUUAACAGUUUUGUCAUUUUCAAUGCUGUUAUAUACACCUUCGCUAGGGUGGCCAGAGCUUUCUGUUUUUGAAUUGUCCUGAUUGAUCUAUAGUGGCCAUACCACGUUCGUUCACGGCAUUAUGUAGUCAUGCUUUGCUAUCUAGCUUCAUUGAAGUGUUAUCUAUAUUAUCUUUGUAUACAUGAAUGCAUACCGAGCAAGCGCAACACAACAUUCCCGUGUGACAGGAAGGCAGCAUAGCUCUGAGGUUUGUCUUAACCACCUUCUGCCAUGCCCUUUGUGUCUUAGACUACUUAGAAAGUAGAGCUGUGCGAAUACUGCUUUAAGUUUAAAUUGUGUGCGAGUGAAGUAGCAGAGCAAAACACGAGGUGUCAGUAAAAUCACUGACCCACGCUUUACAUCCAACUGUAAUUUUUAAAAUUUACCCUCAGAAUGUAACAUCCGCUUACUGGUGGCUGCUGUGGCAUCUAUACUGCUUGCUUCUUGAGGUUCAUCAUUAGGAGUGUUUGUUAUCUGCACUCAUAUGUUGCAUUAAAAAUGAAGUAAUAUUUGGGCUACAUUUAACUUUUGUUUCACAAUGAAAUUAUUUCUGUGGUGCUUGCAUUACCUUGCUAUUCGUCGGACGCCUGAUUAGUACACACUCUAACUACCUGGUGAUUUUGAUGUUCAUAUUAGAACCUACGUCACCUAUAAUUGCUUCUCAAUAUUUCAUUUUCUACUUAUUCGCACAGGCCUACUUGAAAGAUUUAAACAAUUUAUGCUCUUAGCAGGUUGCAUAACAUAUAAGGGGCCUUUUUGCUGUCUCAAUGCAUGUUCUGCCUUGUGUUGGGAUGGAAAGUGUGGCGUGCCCCAGUGAUUCUCUGAUGUCCACACGGGGCUUUCAGUUGUGCAGCAUAUUGUAUUUGCAAUUUGUCAUUCCCGUUGACUAAGACACACUCCUUGCAUUUAAAUGAAUUCAAUGCAUAAAGAUUCUGAGAAAAUUUGGAGACAGUAAAACGUCUUGCUAUGAUUUGGAAGAUUUUCUUUCUCUCUCUCUUUUUUUUAUCCCCAUGAAAUUUGUGACUGUAAAUCUGGUAUGUUGGUUCAGUCUUACAUUUCUUUGCUUUGUGUCUUCAUCGCUGAUGAACGUCUUGCCUUUAACCCCCUCCGUGUUUCUAUUUUUGUUUGGCAGUUGCAACAAAUAUAUAUUUUUUUACGCUGUUGAAAUGUUUCAGCAUUGAAAACGUAGUAUAGCACCAGAAAUGCAAAUUACUUGAAAAAAAUAUCGCUGCUACUGCCUCUUGUGUUUGUUUAGUUUGGGCAUACGCCAAAGUUUGACCAAUUGGAGGAGUUCCACUGUGUUCCUUGGUACAAUAUUGCUGCAUUUUUCACUCGUAAGAGCAGAAGUGCAAUUAAUCAUAACUAGAAUUACGAUGACAUGCAGUUGUAGCCAUCAUCUUUCACGUGUUGGAUGCGUGCACGACACGUAUCUGGACUGGCAGCCCUCAGUAUGGUGCUGCCCUGUAUGAUGAACAUUUAAAACAGAUGGGGUGAGCCCUGUGUGAAACAUGCUAGAAAGUGUGCGUAAUCAAGAUUUGCUCAUCCUGAGUAGUUAUAAGUAAAAUUGCACAGACAUGAUCAGUUAGUUCAAGACACGGAGGGGUUAAUGUGCAGAAGCUGAACUAAAGAAUUGGGAACAGUGUGCAGAUGCUGCUUAUGUACAAGUUGUAUGAAAUUGACGUUUGUAAAUUGUAAGUUUGGCUGCUGAGAUGCUUUCCAGGCUGCCAUGGCAAUGCUUUAAAAGACUGCCAUUCUAGUUUGCUGAUUAUACAUCUGAUUUUUUUUCAGCACUUAGUCCUUUGCAGCUGCACCUGUGCUGUUCUGGUGUUCAAAUACACAUUUGUAGAUUGGAAGUUGUCAUGGCAUAGUGUCAUUUUUAUUGUGACUAGGACAAAAAUUUGAGCUGCAGUACUAUAUUCAGUUAAUGGGAGCUCAGUACUCAUCAGAAUGCUGUCUUCUGUAGUGAUAUUCAGAAAGAUCAGCCAUAUAACCCCUUAUCAUAUAGCAGGCUGUAACUCUGUGCAAAGUAGAUGCAUACAGCCCCUGAGUUUCAUGUUUACAUUAAGCUUUAUACACACUGCUUUCUGCUUUUAUGUACUAUGAUUUGCAUUUGCUUUCUGCAAGGCUAGCUGCUUUAAUGCAUCCCAUUGUUUUGGUGUUGUCGGUGCCAUUGUCCACUGCUUUUCUUGCUAUUGAUUGGUGCAAGCAUUUUGGUGCAAGUGUUGUGGGAGUGAUUCUGCUGGAAAUGAGUUUGAGAUGCCUUUUCACUGCUGUUUGUGUUUACUUUAGCCUACUUUUCGUGGGAAAUCUUUCACAGAGACAAUGAUGUCUGCAGAGACAGAAGGGCUUCUGCAGCUUGCGAAGAGCUGUUGCUCAAAAGUGCUAGGUUGGUGUCAUAUGGAGACAACAUCUUGAGAAGCAUUGGGAGCUCUUCUGCGGCAGUUUGCUGAUAGAGAGAUGGGAGAGAAUGGAAAGCAGACGCAGGAUUUGAAACUUCACCCGAACUCUGGUUUCCACACCUUUCAUUUGUUGUAGUUUUUGUUGUCUGGUUGCUCUGCUUACGCCUUCCUUUUUGUCUUCUGUAUGUUGUAACACUAUAUUGUUUUUUGAUAGUAAAAUAUUGUUUUUCAAUAUGA